AUGAUUAACGAAGAAAAUACUCAAAACUGUAUUUCUGUUAUAAUACAAGAUGAAAGUUUAAAAAAUAUUAAAAAAGAAAUUUAUUGUCCACCAAUGAUUAAUGAACAAAAUGAGGAAGUAAGGGUAGGAAAUGGAUGUUUGGAAGGGAUGGAUCCUGUUACUGGUAACUGUAUUCGAAUUCCAAAAGAUUUAAAAGAAAAGAAAAUUGAAACAAAACAACAACAACAUCAAAAACAAUUUUUAGAUGUAAAUUUAUUAGAAAAAGGAGAAAGUAUUAGAAGUAAUAAAAGUAGUGGAAGUAGUCAAUCAAGUAGUAGAGAAGGAGGGGGAGGGAAUAAACAAAAUACUUGGUCUAAUCGUUUAGUACAUACUUUGAGUAAUAGAAAUAGAUCUGAAACUAGUGGAGGUGGUGGAGGAGGUGGUGGUGGUGGAGGAGAUACUUCUUAUGGAGGUUCUAUAAUUGGUGAUGAUGAUGAAUGGGAGGAUGAAGGGGCUGAUAAUUGUAUUUUUGGACAUCAGAUUCGUUUUACAAUAAUGGUUAUAUCAACACUUUGUUUGUCUUCAAUUUUGUCAAAUAUUUUAACAUUUAAUUUCACUUAUAUUUGUAUGGCUGGUGUUCGUCCAGAUAAUUUAAGUCAAAUAAAUAUUUCCUCCACAAAUUAUGACGAAGAUUUGGAUUAUUCUAGUGCAGAAAGAACAGCUUUAUUUAUGGCUGUAGCUGUUGGUGCUUUACUUGCUGUAUUUCCUUUAACUAUUUUGCUUGGAAAAUUUGGGUCUAGAAUUGUUUUUGGAUGUCUUGGGUAUAUGAGUGCUUUAUCUACGCUUUUGAUACCUAUAGCUGCAGUUAACGGCUUCCCUUAUAUUCUUGCUAUGAGAAUAGUUCAGGGCGCUGCUUUUUCUGCCUGUCUCCCGGUGAUGGGUUCAAUCACCUCACAUUGGUCUACUCUAAAACAGAAUGGAAUAUUUAUUGCUAUAUUAUCUAGUUUUUUACAGAUAGCGCCAUUAUUUACCAUGCCUUUAGCUGGUGAAUUAUGUACAUCUUCUGUUGGUUGGCCAGCUGUAUAUUAUUUACAUGGACUUGUUUCUAUAAUACUUUUUACUUUAUUUAUGCUGUAUCACAGAAAUUACCCCCAUGACCAUCCAAUGGUUAGCAGAACAGAAUUAGUUAAAGUUAUGUUUAAUAAAGGAGGAUCUAUUUACUCUGGACCUGGAAAACAACACAAAAAAUCUCCAAAAGUUCCUUAUAAAGCAAUGUAUAGCGAUAUGGCUAUUUGGGCUAUUUUAGUUGCUUCAUUCGGUAAUUUUAUGGGAACACAAUUAUCACUUCAAUUUAUGCCUACAUAUAUUAAUAAGGUUUUGGAAUUACCAAUAAGCCAAACGGGAAUGGCUUCAGCCGUUUCUCCAGCAAUUAUGUUUUUUAUAAAACUUGUUGCUGGUCAAAGUUCUGACAAAAUAAAAUUUAUAAGUGAUGCAGCCAAAUUAAGACUUUAUAAUACAUUAUCUUUGUCUGCAAUGGGGGUUCUUUUUUGUAUUUUGGCUGUUUUGGAUCCAAGAGAAAAUCCUUCCAUUUGUUUGAUUGUUUUAAUUGCCUCUACUUGUAUUCUUGGUUUUAAUUCUGGUGGUUUCUUUAAAUCUUCUCAAAUUGUUUCUAGACAACAUUCUCAUUUUACUUUGGCAAAUAUUUCAUUUUUAAAUUGUGUUUGUAUGUUAAUUGUUCCUUUACUUAAUGAAGUUAUUGCACCCGAGAAUGAACCUCAUGAUUGGGCAAAAGUUUUAUUUAUUCACGGAAUUAUUUUAAAUUUAUCAAAUGCCUUCUUUUGUAUUUUUGCCUCAGCAAAGCCAGCUUCAUGGACAUUAGACACAUUUAAUGGUAAAAAUAAAAGAAUUGCCGCAGCUAUUGAACAACGAAGAAAGCGAAAAGAAAAAGAAUCUGGGGGAGAAAAACGUGGACGUUGGAAUAAUAAAAGGGGUAUUUUUAAAAUAAUUUAUUAA